CAAUAGCAACCAUAACGCUGUUCCAAUACAUACACCGAGUAAGAGAGUUUAAAAAAUGGCUAGAAUAAUGCAUGGCAGGCGAAAAGGAUCUGGUAAAAUGGGAGAAAUCAAUGUUGAUGAUCUACCAGAAAAAUUACGAUCUAAUGAUAAAAGUUUAACUAUAAAUGGCCAACAAUCAAUGGAUCCAAGGAAUGUAUGUAUUUUAACCAAAGAUGAUAUGGACAGAAUCUACCGUCAGCUAAACAAGAAGAAGGAAGAGGAAGAGAAGAGACGCUUAGCAUUUCAAGAACGUGAAAGAUUAAGAGAAAAAUCUAGGAAGCAAGUAGCACAGUGGGAUAAUACAGUCCUUGGACUUCGUCAAAAGAAACUAGAAACUCGUCGCCUAAGAGAAGAAAAAAUGGAAGAGGAACGUAAAGCAAUUGAUAUUGAAGAAGAGAAAUUUCAAUGCCAAAGGCGAAAAGAGAUUAUCGAAAAAGCAAAAACUCAACAAUAUUAUCAAACUGAUCGGGUGAAGAACUUUCACAGUGCACUUUUAUUGUCCGAAGUUCUUAAGGAGCGUGAUGCUCAGCUAGAAUUAAAGAAACUAAAAGAAAAAGCUGCUGAGGGGGCCGAUAAUGAAUGGCUUGACUAUGAAAGAAAACAACUAGAAGAUGCAAUCUUGAAAGAACAAAGGGAAGCCAGAGAAAGAAUUGAAAAAAAUCAUGAAAAUGCCAAGUACGUCUUGAGACAAAUCAAUCACCAUAAGUCAAGAUCAGAUAAAUUUUUGGAAGAUGACAAAAUCGAAGGAGAAGAACUUAGAAGAUUGGCUGCUCACUAUAAUUUAGAAAAAAAGAGACUGGAAGAGAUUCGCCAGGAUGAGUCUAAGCAACUUAUGAUUGAUAAUAAAAGACAGAUAGCCGACACAAAGAGAAUGAAUGAGAUAAAAGCAGCUCAGGAAGAAGACGAAGACGAAGAAUGUAGAAUAUUUGCAGCCGCGAAACGUAAAAUGAUGAAAAUGAGAGCGGAUAAGGAAAAAGAGAUAUUCAAUGAUAAACAGGAUAAAUUAAAUAGAAUCAGAGAGAAAUUAUACGCCCAAAUGCAAGAACAAGUCCGUGAUGAGGACGAGCGGCUACACAAAGCUGAAGCUGAGGCUGAAGAGAAGAGAGCGAGAGAGGAGAGACUAAAGGAAGAGAGAAUUAGAAAAGCACACCAAGAAGCCAGAGAUCACAUGGUCGCAACAAUGAAAAAGAAUGAAAAUCUAAAGAAAUUAGAUAAAAUUGAAGAACUAAAGAGACUUCAGGCUCAAAAAGAAGCUGAUGCUGUAUUCGAAAGAGCAGAAAACGAAAAACGUCAAAGACGUUUCGAUGGUGUAAAAGAAAGGAAGAACUAUAACUUGAAACAAUUCGAUGAUAGAAAACAAUUGGGAAUUAACUCUAGAAGGAAACAAUUAGAACUAGAAAAGAAGAAUGAAGAAUUGUUGAAUUUGGAAGAAGAUCAAUUUAACGAGUACGCUAAGAAGGUCAUAGAACACUGUGAGAAGAACGGACGGAAUACUUAUCCACUAAAAAAGGCAGCUAAUCAAGGUAUUGGAGGAGGUUUAGGGCCAGUUCUGCCUGGUAAGGGCACGAAGCAAAAUUAUCUGACUAGUGAUCAAGCCUGUCUUCAAAUGCCAAGUUACCAAGGGGAGUCAACUGAAGACACAAAACAGACAAUAACAAACAACGAAGGAACAAAUAAGAGAUUGGGUUUCGUCUGGUAGGAACAGAAAUAAUUAUUACAACAUCUACUCUCUACAGUAUUUUUAACAAUGUACUAGAUAAAAAUCUUCUAUGAAUAUUCAAGUAAAAAUUUGCAUAUAUGAAUGUUAAAUUAUGUAAUGAAAAAAUUUUAAUAUAAAAUUAAAAGAAUAAAGAAAAUAUUAUCUGUAAAAAGUU